AUGCACGCGGUGUCGCGAGGGAUGAAGACGGCGAUCAUCGAGGGCGAUGUGAUCGGAGGGACGUGUGUGAAUCGAGGGUGCGUGCCGUCGAAGGCGCUGCUCGCGGCGUCUGGACGCGUGCGGGAGAUGCGCAACGCGGAGCACUUGCGCUCGCUCGGUAUCCAGUUGGAUCCGAGCGCGGUGAGCUUUGAUCGUCAAGGCAUCGCCGAUCACGCCACGAAUUUGGCGUCGACGAUCCGGGGUAACUUGGAACGUUCGUUGAUCGGGCUUGGGGUUGAAAUUUUGACCGGGGCGGCGAAGAUUGAGGACAACCACACAGUUUCCUACGGCGCGCCGGGCACGGUCACCGGGGGGAGAGUGACGGCGAAGAACAUCAUCAUCGCCACCGGUUCCACGCCGUUCGUGCCGCCGGGCAUCGAAGUCGACCACAAGACGGUGUUCACCUCCGAUGCGGGUUUGAAGCUCGACUGGGUCCCGGAAUGGGUCGCCAUAAUCGGUUCCGGUUACAUCGGUUUGGAAUUCUCCGACGUGUACACCGCGCUCGGCUCCGACGUCACCUUCAUCGAAGCCAUGCCUAACAUCAUGCCGGGUUUCGACAAGGAGAUCGCUAAGAUGGCGGAACGUAUUUUGAUUACCCCGCGUAACAUCGACUACGUCACCAACGUGUUGGCGACCAAGGUCACGCCGGGUAUCCCGGGCGAAAAGCCGGUGACGAUUGAGCUCACCGACUUCAAGACGAAGGAAGUCGUCGACACUAUGGAAGUCGACGCCGUCUUGGUUGCCACCGGUCGUUCUCCGUACACCGCUGGCUUGAACGUCGAAAGCAUCGGCGUCGAGCUCCAACGCGGCUUUAUCCCGGUCAACGAAAAGAUGCAAGUGUUGGACAAGGAUGGCAAGGUUGUCGAGGGCAUGUGGUGCAUCGGCGACGCCAAUGGUAAGAUGAUGUUGGCGCACGCGGCGAGCGCCCAGGGUAUUAGCGCGAUCGAGAACAUGCACGGUAACGAGCACGUCCUCAACCACCUCUCCGUUCCGGCCGCAUGCUUCACUCACCCCGAAGUGUCCUUCGUCGGUUUGACUGAGGAGCAGGCUCGCGCCAAGGGUGAGGAGGAAGGCUUCGAAGUCGCCGUCCGCAAGACGUCGUUCAAGGCCAACUCCAAGGCGCUCGCUGAGAAGGAAGGUGAGGGUAUGGCUAAGUUGAUUUACAACCCGAAGACGAACGAGAUCUUGGGUAUGUGGAUCAUGGGCUUGCACGCCGCGGAUUUGAUUCACGAAGCGUCCAACGCCAUCUCCACAGGCGCCACUUUGGACGACUUGAAGUUCACCGUGCACGCCCACCCGACGCUUUCCGAAGUCAUCGAAUCUCUCUUGCGAGGCUCGGACGGGCACUAA